GUCACGCCGCGCGGUCUCCGGGCAGCAGCGGCAGCGGUUGAGGGGCGGCCAUGGCGCUGCCGCUGCUGCCCGGCUACUCCCGCCGCCGCAACAUUGGGGAAGAGAAGUUCCAUAGAUCACAGAUCUGCAAUUACUCAAAUAAUGUUCCUAUGGUGUUUGAUGAUAAACCUGGAAUAGGAGGUGAACUGUUGCCUGGUCAGACCCUAAAAAUUACCAACAGUGUAUUUCCUGAAGGAAUAGGAAGUGGUCCUCCUUCUUGGAUUGCUUUUGACAAGCAGGUGUUGUGUUUUGAUGCCUAUUUUGAAGAAGAAGUGCCUGAAAAAAAUCAAGAGCUGUAUAGAAUCAGACACUGUAAAAUAUAUUUCUACCUUGAAGAUGAUACAAUGCAAGUGACUGAGCCUGUAGUGAAAAAUAGUGGCAUAAAUCAAGGAACUCUUGUUCGACGGCACCAGAUUCCGCUUCCACCUCCUCAUGAGGAUCGGUUCUAUACUAUGUAUGAUUUCAAUAUCAACACAGAAAUAACCCUUUAUGGCCGAAAAUACAAGAUUAUAGAUUGUGAUGAGUAUACCAAAAAUUUCCUGAGGAAGAUAGGAAUCAGACUAAAUCCUCCUGCAAGCCGACCAGACGACCCGUACACCACAGAGCGGCAGCAGAGACAUCUGGCGAGCACGAAUCCUUUUCACCCUUAUGAGCGCUUUGACACUUUGAAACAAUUUCUGGAGUUUGAUGGACAAGUUUUAGGGUUUUCUUGUGUGUGGAAUGACCCAGAAUCACAGCUCACUGACCCACGGGAACUUAUUCUUCGAUAUUAUUUGUCUGAUGAUACUAUUGAUAUAAGAGAAGUUUUACCACAAAACUCAGGACGAGACGUAGUUCCAUUUUUCCUCAAAAGAGAUAAGCUUCCAAAGAAUGCUCCUGUUCCUCCAUAUCAUCCAGGCACCAUCACCAAUUACACUCUGCUCAAUGUGUUGGGAAAGCCAGGAAGAAACAAAGGCUAUUACAUUCGGGACGUUUUGCAGACAGGAGCAGUGCAUCGGGAAUUUUACAAAGACAGUGACUUGAAAAUAGGGGCAGUAAUUAAUGUUUGGGGAAGGCAAAUAUUACUCUGUGAUUGUGAUGAAUUCACUAAAGAACAUUACAGGAAAAAGUAUGGAAUUGUGGAUUUCACCCCAAUUCAGUAUAAGACUCCACCACCUCCAAAACCAGAAAAAAUUGUUCCACCUUAUAAUGGAUUUGGUUCUGAAGAAGAUUCUUUGAACUCCUGUAGGAGUGUGGUUGUCAAGACUCCCCAUAAGGAUUACAGGCAAUUCCUGAUGAAAGACAGGUAUGGCAUGGACAGUAACAUCCUGCGCUAUGCGGCGAAACUCGUCACGGACAGUCCCAUCGACAAGGGUCGGAAAUUCAUCAUUUCCUUCUUCCUCAGUGAUGACACCAUUUCUGUCUUUGAAUAUGCAGAGAGAAACUCAGGGAUAGCUGGUGGGAAGUUCCUGGAAAGAAGUCGCAUUAAAAAGCCUGGGCAGGAACUCUUUAAGAGUGAGCCAUCUGAAUACUACAGGGCUCAGGAUCUGUUUGUUGGAGCCAGAGUUUGUUUCCAUGGUCACAACUUUCUUUUGGUGGAUGCUGAUGAGUACACGUUCAACUACAUGGAGAAGAAUGCAAAUGAGUUCCCCAUGGCUGAUUUUUGUGUCAUCCUCAACAAACUGAAGAGCAUGACUGAAUCUCGAGCCAAAGAAAUCAGAAAGACAUUUGCUACUACUGACCCUGAGCAUACCAAUGUGAUUGGGUAUGACACUUUCAGAAGCUGGGUAGUCAGUGUUGCUGCUGGAGGAUUUUCAGAACACGAAAUUAUGACUCUUGGGCGUCACUAUGGCAUGAGAGAUGAGAGCCAAACAGAUCUGUACCACCUCCUCUCAGUGGCUCAAGAAAAACUAAAGAAAAAUGCCUUUGAAAAUUUUGAACAACUGAUUGCAGUGUUUUUGUACAACGACCGAGAAAAAUGUGGAUUGUUGCCCUAUGAGACCUGCAGGACUAUUUUCAAAUCCUUUAAGUUGCCACUUCCUGAUGAUCUUCUAGAAACUUUACUGACCAGGUUUGAAAAUAACCAAAAGCAAGUAGACUAUAGAAAGUUUCUUCAUGCACUGAACUGGAGAGAGAAUCAAGUCCAUGUUUUUGAGAAGACAAAGAAGCCACCCAAGAGGGAAGAUAUCUGGAACCAACUACCACGAUCCCCUCCUGUGACUGGGAUCAGAUACCCUCCUCUUUUGGAUGAUCUGUUUGGCAAGGAAGAAUAAUCUCAUCUGUGCAAUGCACUGAUUUAAGAUUGGUGCUUCGGCUCUGAAGAUUACUUAGAGAGAUACAGAAAACAUCAGAUAUAGGUUUUAUUGCAUUUCAUUUCUUAUUCCAACAGAGAUGUAUACUUGUGUGUUUUUGGAACUCUUUCUAAAUCAACAGCACUCUGUCAUACUUAUACAAGCAUAAUUAAAAGUAGAUCCUCUAAUCUCUGUCUAGUUUCAUGGAGAAUUUGCGAGUAUUGAGAAAUCUUUGAGUCAAACAGAGCAAAAUCUGACUGACCCUGCUUUGUUCUGCAAACAAACGCUGUUGGAUGACCUCUUAAAAUUGGGUCGGGCUGCAUUAGCACAAUAAUGCCAUUCCAUUCACAUUUCCUCCCUUGCUCUUCAGCUCUUGUCUGUG